AUGGGCGGCUAUUAUCAAGUUCCAGUGGGCUACAAGUUCAGGCCUUCAGAAGAAGAACUAUUUCUUCACUACCUUCUCCCCAGACUCAACGGAGAGGACUAUCCCGAAGGUGUUGUUCCUGACUGCGAUCUCUACGGUACAAAAGAACCAUGGGAGAUAUGGAGAGAUUUCCACCACUCAUCACCAGAUGAUCAAGAAGACAUCUACGUCUUCACCACACUCAAGAAGAAGACUCCAAAUGGCUCGCGGUUUUGCAGAACAGUUGGCGCCGCCGGUACCGGAGUUUGGAAAGGAGAAGACUCCGGCAAGAAAAUACGUGCUUGUGGGAGUAAUAUUGGCAUCAGAAAAAGAUUUCGGUACAUGAACCCUGGCUCGCCCCAUGAUGACCGUUGGAUCAUGCAUGAGUUCCAGCUUGAUGAAUCUCUACUACGAGUGCGAAACAAAGAGACAAUUGUUCUUUGUCUUGUUAGAAAGAAAGAAACACCAGGCAAAAGAAAGUUUGAAGAACUACAAAAUCAUGAAGACGUGCCUCCCCGUGGAGAAAUCCAAGCCCAACAUGUUCAUGAUGAUCAGCAGCACCAUAUUGGCCCAAGUACUUACGAUGAACUUAGGGUUUUGGACCUUAUGAACUAUGUGGAGGGUGAAGACAACAUGGUUAAUCCUACUUCUUGCACAGUACGAUCAGCAGGAGCAUCUUGGCACAAGUACUGA